UAGACCAUGUGCAGUCCGGGCACUCUCGCACCACACGACCGUCCAGAGUACUCUCUCUCCUGUAGGAGUUCUAUCACCUUGUAGCUGCGACCCGCUCUUAAACACACAAAGAUGUUCCGUCUCCCGUCCGUCAUGAAACAGGUGAGGCCCGUGUGCCGGGCGCUCGCCCCACACCUCACGCGAGCCUACGCCAAAGAUGUCAAGUUUGGAGCCGACGCGCGCGCCCUCAUGCUGCAGGGAGUCGACCUGCUGGCCGACGCCGUGGCCGUUACCAUGGGACCAAAGGGCCGCACCGUCAUCAUCGAGCAGAGCUGGGGCAGCCCGAAGGUCACCAAGGACGGCGUGACGGUGGCCAAGAGCAUCGACCUGAAGGACAAGUACAAGAACAUCGGCGCCAAGCUGGUGCAGGACGUCGCCAACAACACCAACGAGGAGGCCGGCGACGGCACCACCACCGCCACCGUGCUGGCACGCGCCAUCGCCAAGGAGGGCUUUGACACCAUCAGCAAGGGCGCCAACCCGGUGGAGAUCCGCCGCGGAGUCAUGAUGGCCGUGGACUUCGUCAUCAAGGAGCUGAAGAAAGUCUCCAAGCCCGUCACCACCCCCGAGGAGAUCGCUCAGGUUGCUACGAUCUCCGCCAACGGAGACGAGGAGAUCGGAAACAUCAUCUCCAACGCCAUGAAGAAAGUCGGCCGCAAGGGCGUCAUCACCGUGAAGGACGGGAAAACGCUGCAUGACGAGCUGGAGAUCAUCGAGGGCAUGAAGUUUGACCGCGGUUACAUCUCCCCGUACUUCAUCAACACCGCCAAAGGUCAGAAGUGCGAGUUCCAGGACGCGUACCUGCUGCUGAGCGAGAAGAAGAUCUCCAGUGUCCAGAGCAUCGUGCCGGCCCUGGAGAUCGCCAACCAGCACCGCAAACCGCUCGUCAUCGUGGCCGAGGACGUGGAUGGAGAAGCUCUCAGCACCUUAGUUCUCAACAGGUUGAAGGUCGGGCUUCAGGUGGUCGCGGUGAAAGCUCCGGGCUUUGGAGACAACAGGAAGAAUCAGCUGAAGGACAUGGCCAUCGCCACCGGGGGCACUGUGUUUGGAGACGAGGCGAUCGGCAUCGCCCUGGAGGACAUCCAGGCGCACGACUUUGGUAAGAUCGGCGAGGUUCAGAUCACCAAAGACGACACGCUGAUGCUGAGGGGCGGCGGCAGCCCGGCCGAGCUGGAGAAGCGCGCGGCGGAGAUCGUGGAGCAGCUGGAGAACACGACCAGCGACUACGAGAAGGAGAAGCUGAACGAGCGUCUUGCCAAGCUGUCCGACGGCGUCGCCGUGCUCAAGAUUGGAGGAACGAGCGACGUGGAGGUGAACGAGAAGAAGGACCGUGUGACGGACGCGCUCAACGCCACGCGCGCUGCCGUGGAGGAGGGAAUUGUACCAGGCGGAGGCUGCGCUCUGCUGCGCUGCAUCCCGUCGCUCGAUUCCCUAACCACCGCCAACAAUGACCAGAAGAUCGGCGUGGACAUCAUCAGGCGAGCGCUGCGUAUUCCCGCCAUGACCAUCGCCAAGAACGCCGGUGUGGAGGGUUCUCUGGUGGUGGAGAAGAUCCUGCAGGCGUCGGAAGAGAUCGGCUACGACGCCAUGCAGGGAGAGUACGUCAACAUGGUGGAGAAGGGCAUCAUUGACCCCACCAAGGUGGUGAGGACGGCACUGUUGGACGCCGCGGGCGUGGCCUCGCUGCUCUCCACCGCCGAGGCUGUCGUCACAGAGAUCCCCAAGGAGGAGAAGGAGAUGCCGGGUGGAGGAAUGGGCGGCAUGGGUGGAAUGGGAGGAAUGGGAGGAGGCAUGGGCUUCUAAAGACCGCCCUCCCCCGCCUGCCGCUCGCUGACUUGUUGCUGUACAGCCUCGAUGGGCAGAGUGGUGCUGGAGGUGGCUGAGGAACAUACACACACACCUGCAGCCACCUCCACCUGACUCCGCCCACACUGACUGGCCAUGAGUAUGCCCCCCCCUCUGAAAAAAAGACUUUAAAUGGAUGGAGCCUCAGUCCUGAGGAGGAGUCCAGUUACUACACCAUGACGCCAUUUUGACCCGUGAAGAAGAAACUAACGCUGUACUUUGACGACGGGGCAGAAAACAGAGUAAUCGAUGGUUAGGAAUGUUUCUGUCCUCUUUGUCUCCAUCAUGUUCUGUUAAUUCACUUUUUUAUUUUAUAUAUUUACACAUUAAUGUCUCGUCUCUUCUCAGUUUGUGGGUUUAAAAGAAUAUAAUUGUUAUGUGACUUAAUUAAACCAGUUUUUCUUACAGAACCUGGACCUUUUCUGUGUCUCAUGUUACGUUUUUACGUCAGUUGUCGGAGAUUUAGAAUUAAAAAAGACGAUCGGACGAAGAGUGGCUACGGUGACGUCGCCGCGUUUACGAUGUUUCCGUGGAUUAAGUCGCAGAAAACGACAAAAAUAAAGUCUCAAACAUUCUAUACGACAAA